GGAAGUUUAGCAUCUGAUAGGGGAAGCAGACAGUUGCAUUUAUAGCUCCAAAUAUUGCACUAUGCAAAUUAAGACAACAUUUACUCUGCAAUACAGUGUAGAACUAGAAGAACUAACACUUGCCUCCCCGCCUGCCUGUCUUCUUUUGGAUUCAUGUCUUUACCAUUAAGUGCUGUUUUUUGUAUUUUUAACCACUCUACUCACCCUCAAUGUGUGCCCAAUACUAUGUGCGUCUUGAAUUGCUAAGGACUGAGUGAUGUCACAAACGGUAGAAAAACACUUGCAUGUGUCAGGGCACAGCUUCCUGAGAAUAGACCACACCAGACGGCAAUGCAUCAUGCUCACACAUUUAAACAUAAACCACAUCAUCGGCGGGUUAAUGCAGACUUGCUCACGUGCGACCGGAAGGUUUGCUGCUGUACAGCUCCGAGGAGGAGAGGGCGUGCGUCAGUCUGCUGUUUACACUGACGUGUGAAGCUGCUGGAGCAUGCAGUCGCUGCCAGUCCCUCCUGGCUCUGAACUCUCAUCUCGGUCCAUGCUGAUCAUUUAGGGAGACGACAAAGAAGCAACAAGGUGUUCAGUGUGUGACAAGAUGAAGGAUUGAUUACAGGAAAGGCUUGUUGAGUUAUGCCACCGGUGUGUGUGUGAGAGACGAAAUGACUCUGAACACAUCUGGAGCGUGGGAGGAGUCCCUGCACAACUCCACCUCACGAUGUGGACACAACAUGACCAGCUGGGAACAACGCAUGGACAACAUGUACACCUACUUCUACCUGCUGCUCUUCAUCCCUGGGCUGCUGCUCAACACCACUGCUCUCUGGGUCCUCUGCAGACACAUUAGUAAGAAGACCAAGGCAGUGAUCUUCAUGAUAAACUUGGCGUUGGCAGAUCUGGCCCACAUCCUCUCUCUGCCCCUCAGGAUUUAUUAUUACUUCACACACACCUGGCCCUUCGGACGAGGCCUUUGCUUGUUCUGCUUUUACCUCAAAUACCUCAACAUGUAUGCCGCCAUAGUGUUUCUGGUGUGUAUCAGCAUGCAGAGGUGUGUCUUCCUGCUCUACCCGUUCUCCGCUCGCAGUUGGAGACGGCGCUAUGACCUGGUGAUCAGCAUCAUCGUGUGGGUGAUGGUCGGUCUGGCCUGCUCGCCUUUCAUCCUGAUGCGGAGCAGCAGCAGCUCCACCAGUCCCACCAUCAGGGUCUACAAUCUACCAUCAGUGUCUACAGUCUACAACAUGUCCUACUCUCUGUAUGCCACUUCUACCCAGAAUCCCUCAGGUUACACCGAUCUUAAUGAGAGUACGAGCCCGAGCAGAGACUCCAGCGCCACCAAAGUCGGCUGUUUUAAGGACUUGCCCAUGCGUCGCCUGUCUCUCUCUCUGGCGGUCACCAUGAUGGCUCUCGCUGAGAUGUUUGGUUUCUUCAUCCCUUUGGCCUGCAUCGGUUUCAGCUCCAUCUCCAUCGCCCGGUCUCUCAGCCAAAGACACACCCAGGAUCAGCAAAACUUUAACGCACUCAACUCCUCAGCGUGCAACCGACUCCAGUCAGUCACCUCCAGCUGUCAGACGGAUAACUGUCAUGAAAAGCAAACAAAAGCUGAGAAACGUCGCGCUCUGCGGAUGGUGCUGAGCUGCACCACCCUCUUCUUGUUCUGCUUUGCCCCCUACCACCUCAACUUCUUGCUCUACCUGUUGGUGUCGCAGGACAUAGUGUCCCACUGUGCCACGAGGCUGGCUGUGAGACAGUUCCACCCGGUGUCUCUGUGCCUGGCGAGCCUGAGCUGCUGCCUCAACCCUCUGCUUUAUUACUUUCUAACAGCAGAGUUCAGGUUGCAUCUCACCAGGCGCACCUCCUCCUUCACCGCCUCGCUACUCUCCUCGCCGAUCAGCUCCUCCCCGCACCGUCCAGCAGUGCAAAGACUGAUGAGCAUGGAGAGUAGCUGCUCAGAGAGGGAGUAGCAUUACUCAGAGGCUAAUCUGUUUUUUGGUAACACGCCCAUGUCUAUAAUGCAUUCUAAACAUAUUGGUAAAAUAAAAUAAAAUAAAAUCUGCUUAUAUCACUUGAUAAGUCACUUAUAGGGUCAAGUAUCAUAAUACUUCAUAAUUACUGGUCACUUUUAUUCUUUUUGCAAAGAUCAUUGUGUAUUAUAAAUCUCAAUGUUUUAAUGCAUUAUAAUACAUUGGAAGCUGGUAAUAAGUCACAUUAAGUGGCCAUUGUUUGCUUUGAGGGAAGUGAAAAGAAUAUCAUUACAUCUAUGCAACAAAUGUUAUUGUUUAAAGGGUCAUAAUAGAAAUGUUGUGCUCCAAUUUGACACAAGUGCUCAUUGUAAAGUCAAAAAAUAUCAUUACACCUAUGCAAGAUCAACACACAAUGCAACUGCGUAAUCCAAUUUGACACACAUUUUGAUGAUGAACAAAUGAAUGAUAGACAUUUACAUUUCAAUUGUUUCAGGAAAUAUCUAUAUUUUAAAUCAAUUGUGUAGUGACUUAUAACCAGCUUGUAACGUAUUAUAUAUGCCUGUGCCUCAAACAUGUCAUUACUUUACUUAAAGCAGCCAAUGACUACUUAAAAUAACUUCUAAUCACAUUAUAAUGCAAUAUAAAAAGAUUAUAAUGUAUUACAACCAUAGUUACUAUAAAACACUAUGAUCCUUGCAAAAAAACAUCAGUGUCAUAACCCUUAUGAUACCUUAUAAGUCAUUAUCAAAUGCUUUAUAAUGUGUCAUCAUUAUAAAUGAAGUAAAGACACAGCUAACCCUAACCCUAACCCUAACCCUUUCACAUGUCACAAACUGACCCGAAGAGGUUUGACCUCGAUGUGAAUAUCCUCACAGUCUCCAGUGUACAUAAGCUACAGCUCGUUGUUUAUCUUCAGUAAAAAUGCAACAACUUUAAAUAAGCUAUAUCGUCAAUGUCAAAGCUGUAUGUAAAUAAAAGCGCUGUCAGUCUUUUCCGGU